AAUCCUCUGAUUCCGUAUGUGUGUCCUGUCUCUUUGCUUGUUUGUCUCCUCGUCCUCCAAUCAUCAUCUGAAACUCUAAAACAUUCGCAUUUUUUUCUCCGAGAAUCUAUCACUCAAUUAUGUCGAGAUUUUUUCUGGCUAUCUCUUGUUUUCUGUUCAUCUCAACGAUUGUCAGAGCCACCGAUGUCAAGUACUGCGAUGAUAACGCACAGUAUCAAGUAAAGGUUCAAGGAGUUGAUAUAUCGCCUUAUCCUAUUGCUCGAGGCGAGCAAGUUACUUUCAGCCUUGCUUCUAACACAGACAAUGUGAUCUCAAAGGGAAAGCUGGUGAUCGAAGUUUCAUACUUUGGAUGGCAUAUUCAUUCUGAGACACAUGAUCUUUGUGAUGAGACCAACUGUCCUGUCGCAAUUGGAGACUUCUUGGUAGCACACUCGCAAGUUAUGCCCGGUUAUACUCCUCCUGGUCCAUACUCACUUAAAAUGAAGAUGCUUGAUGGGCACAAGGAGUUAACCUGCAUCAAAUUCUCAUUUGACAUUGGAUUUGGAUCAUCAGUGGCCGACAUGUAGAGAUAUAUGUUUGCUGGAAUAUUUAUAAUGGAAUCGUUCCAGUUGCUUUGUAUGAAAACACCGUUUCUCUUUGGCAAAAUUGUUUGAUAAAAAAACAUUUGAAAUUUCUCAA